AGCACACACUCGUUUUAUUUUGGAACUAAAGUCUUCGACGGAACCACCUCCUGUGACCCUCGUCUGCUGCUUUCCUUUGGUCUAAAGCAAAGGGGGGAGAAAUCGCCCCCGAUCAUAACAACGUCUCCGGUCCAUUAUAUUUUUCCUCCUCUUCGGGAGAAUGGUCGAGGCUCGCCCGCCUGGAAUCAGCCACGGAACACACACGCACACGGAUCCGGAUCUCCCCGGGGCUACAACGAUGAGUCAACUCCGCUCCAGGCGCUGCAGUGCAGGGAAGGCAUAUUUUAAUACAGAGCUUCGUCCAAAGCGCUUAUUCACUGUUUUCACAUAGUCUUCUUUAAAACGCGACACGCGGUGCAAUUCUUUGCACCCCCCCCCCCCCACACACACACACACACACACAGUCUCCACUACUAUCAGCGAUCUUUUUACGUGCGUAAAGUUGUGCGUAAUUUGCGUGUAAAGUUCGGGCUGCACACGUUGCGGUGCAAAACGAGGAUAACACUGCAUUAUUUAUGAUCCACAUAACUUGUAAUAUGUAAUGUAUACUCCGUCGUGUAACCGGUGAAAGAAAUGAGCUGCGGCUGCUCCUUUAACUGCAGCCUUUGUUCGCUGCCUCGACAUAAAAGUCGACGGUAUACCCGGAUAAACUUUUUUUUUAAUAGAUAUAUUGUACAACAAUCUUUGCAUAACUAUUUUUUUUUCGCAUGCCUUGCCUUCCGGCACAGCGCAUGCGCACUGGCCGCUCGCUGUCACUAAGACAUUUUUCAUCACGUUGGAAGCUGUCACGGGUGACGUCAAUCACAGAGCUCUGACCAAUUAGAGAGCGGGGUGAUUGUUUAGCUCCACGGGCUGCAGCGCCUACCAUGAAUCUCUAUUCAGUAUCAAAGCGUCCUGCUGCUGCCUCUCAACCGAAUGGGAUUCCAUGUUGUCUGCAGAUAGACUUAACUUUAUAAAGUUUUUUUUUUCUUUAUUUUUUUUUUUUCAUUGCGAUUAAAAUAUAUUUGCCAUCAUCAUUAUUAUUUUGCCUGCUGUCAAGUUAUUCUAAAAUUAGGAAGUAAUGAGCGUGGAUGCUUUGGGAAGCCCCGUGAUGGACCCUGCGUUUUCCAAACGGAACACGGCGCUGAGAUUAGUUGACUUGGCAGGGGCUCACCACCAUCACCAUCAUCACCACCAUACCCCUCAGAGCGUGACAGGCUUCCCGGGGUUCGGCAGCCAUCCACACUCAAUGGCUCACUCGCACCCUGGGGAGAUUACUGCGGAACCCCGCCUGGGGCCGAGUCCAUUCGGGCCAGAACACAUGGGGCACUCCGCGGCCCUCAAAAUCAGCCCAGCCCAUCAUUAUCCCCACCACCAUCACCACCACCACAAUCAUCAUAUGGCAGGCCACAGUGAAGUGGUCUCCAGUCAAACGGGAGCUUUUGGCCCGGUUCAGCCGACGUCGGUGCCCUAUUCCAUGCCCCACACGGCCCAGGCUCUAUCCGCAGGUAGGGAUUUUCUCCUCCGGCGAGAUCUGACGGCUCAAGCCAUGCCAGUACUGACCGACCAGACUGCCGGUUCAGCCUCUCACCACGGAAUGUUUGUCUCAACAACAGGUAGCUAUCCCGGACACUAUGGUCACCACCCUGACGCGGGGAACCACGCCGCCCUGUUCUCCGGACUUCACCACGAGCAGCCUUCCAGCGGAUCACCGGGUGGCCAGGCGCUGAAUGGACAAAUAAGGUUAGGACUACCUGGAGAAAUGUACGUUCGGUCUGAUCACUUGAGUCAAGUAGCAAGCUGCAGGGCUGAUCCCUUCUCCGCCUCGCCUCUGCACGGCUACGGCGGUCUGAAUCUGAACAUGAAUCUCGGCGCUCACCCCCACCCCCACCACCACCACCACCACCACCCGCAUCACCACCACGGAGGACCCGGGGCUUUUUUCCGCUACAUGAGGCAGCCGAUAAAGCAAGAGCUGAUUUGCAAAUGGCUGGAGCCGGAGCACUCGCCCAGCAAACUCUGCUCCAAAACUUACAGCACCAUGCACGAGCUCGUCACGCAUGUGACGGUGGAGCACGUCGGAGGACCCGAGCAGGCGAACCACAUAUGCUUUUGGGAAGAGUGUCCGAGGGAAGGCAAGCCGUUUAAGGCGAAGUACAAGCUGGUGAAUCACAUUCGAGUGCACACGGGGGAGAAACCUUUUCCGUGCCCCUUCCCCGGCUGCGGGAAAGUGUUCGCCAGGUCCGAGAAUCUAAAAAUCCACAAAAGGACGCACACAGGUGAGAAACCCUUCAAGUGUGAGUUUGACGGCUGCGACAGACGCUUUGCCAACAGCAGCGACCGAAAGAAGCACUCCCACGUGCACACCAGCGACAAGCCCUACAACUGCAAAGUCCGGGGCUGCGACAAGUCCUACACACACCCCAGCUCCCUGCGGAAGCACAUGAAGGUGCACUGCAAGUCCCCCCCGCCCAGCUCAGGCUACGAGUCCUCCACACCCUCCCUGGUGUCCCCCUCCUCGGACUUGGGCCGGGAGCCAGCCGGGGGCCCCUCGGUGCUGUCAGAGCCGCCGGUGGGGGCCUCUCAGCAGCAGCAGCCAGCGAAUUUGAGCGAGUGGUACGUGUGCCACAGCUCAGGAGCGAGCGGUGGCCAGACACCACCCAGCGGCCACUCCACACCCGACCCUUCAGAGGAACCCCCUUACAGGAACCCCCAACCCCGGGACGCGUUCUGAGUUCCAUUCCAGCACACACAUUCAAAAGCCCGUCUCCUAAAACGGUUUGGCUUUGGUGCCUAUAUACCUGUGAGGGCCCUUCGGUCCACCCCCCCCCCAACCCUGCCCCCCUUUUUCUGUUUUUGUUUUGGAUAAGCCACCAAGACAGACACUACAGAGCCUUUAACUGCACUGGAAGGAAAGUGCGGCACCCUUCUGGACACGCUUUCUAGUAACAGGAACAGAUAUUUUUGUUAUUUUUAUUAUUAUUAUUUUUAAGCUCAUCCAAAACUGAAGGCUCGGUGCUUCUCCUGCACCGCCGAUGUGGCGGAUGUCUUCUACUGGUCCACUUGUGGAGAGAGUCGUGUAAAUCUCAUUAGACGAUGUUGUACAAUAUUGUAGACUGUAGGCAUGAUGGUGUUGCAACUUUUUUUUGUAAAAGCAAAAAUUCUGCCUUCAGUAUGUUUUUUAUUUAUUUUUCAAUCGGAUAUGGAAAUAUUUUGUACGAUGAACCAAAGUGCAUGUUUUAAGAACCGGAGCAGCGAUGUACAUUUGUAAAUUUUGUAUAAGUUUCAAUGUGUCUGGGUGUUGAUUGGUUUUGUAAGAAGAGGUUUACAUCUUUUUUUUUAAAUCAUUGUUCUAUUUUAUUUUUAAUGGAUUUGUGCAAAAAAAAGAAAGAAAGAAAGAACUCAGCUGUUUCAUAGGCUUACAGUAUUUCAUAUAUGAUGUCAAUUAUAAAUGUUUUAUCAAAGUAAAAAAAAAUGAAAUCUGGUGAUUUUUGUACCAUUGUGAGUGUUUUUUUAUUUUUUUUUUAUUUUUUGUUUUAUCUAAAAAUCGAGCACUAAAUGCGUACCAAACUGCCUUGUAUUUUGUGAGUAUUUGGAAUAAAUCUUGUAUGAAAGUGACA